AUGACAAUCGAUAACAAAACUAACCAGGACGAAUUUGAAGAUGAAUCUCUCAAUACUGGUUCAGAUCGAGUCUACCAAAACUAUAUGAUGCCUGGCUUAGAAUUGUAUGAUGCAAAAAUAACAAUAAACCAUUGGCAAUUAAGAGACUGUAUUAAACCAUAUUCUAGAGAUCCAAGUAGACUCUAUUAUAUUUAUGAUCAUUCUAUUCGAACGUUAGAUACCAACCCCUCUAUUUUGUCCCAAAAUAAUUCAAAUUUUAGUAAAAAUGAUAAUUAUAAACUUUCUAAACCGAAAUAUGCAAAUAGAUUAUGCCGUCGUCAUUCUAUCUAUAAUAAUAGACCUUCUUCUAAGACAAAUAAUUUAAAGUCCCCCUUGUAUGUUAAUUUUAAAACACCAUCUAAAAAACUUGUAGAAUUUAAUUUUAAACCUAGAUGUUUCACCGAAUUAAAUGGCUUAACUGCAUGUGGUGGUCUUAUCGGAUCUGAUGAUAAAGGUUUUCCAACCAAUUGGAAUAGAUUGUCACAUGAAAAAAAUGGAUCAAAUUCUCCAAUCCCAGCACCAGCUCAACCAAUCAGCAUUGCAUCAACAGGUGUAUUAAUGGAUAACAGUAACUAUUCAAAUUCUUCUAUAUGGAAGGGAAUCUUAUCCUUGUACAAUGAAAAUAUGGAUUUCUCUUUAACUUUAAUAUUGGGACAAUUUAUUAACAAUUGCGUUACUUUAUCCCAGAAUUCAACAAAUAAUUAUGAUAUCUAUACAUGUAAUAACGAUAGUCAUAUCUAUCACUGUAAUAUAAGUAACCGUGAUGUCCAGUUACUAAGACGUUAUUCAGAUUUGAAAUUUCCAUUAAACAAUGCAGCCUUAUCUCAUGAUGGGAAGAUUAUGGUUGUAUCUGGUGAUACAAACAAAUUUGCUUUAUAUAGAAAAGAUGAAUUAACUGAUUUAUUUACACUAAAUUACGAUCCAAGUCUAAAUUGGGAUUCGACAUAUGGUAGUAGUAAUGAAACCUAUACAGUUAAAAGACGAACAAGGUUUAAUGUUCCUUGUUCAUCCGAAAAAUUAGAUUCGAACAUUUAUACAACUAGGAAAGGUGAUCACGGUUUUUAUAAUUGUUUCUCUGAAAAUGAUUUACAUUUUGCUACACUAUUUCAAAACGGGGUUUGCUUAAUCUAUGAUAUAAGAAACCUAGAACAUCCAUUAGCCGAAAUAACAUCAACAAGACCGCAUUCACAUAACGGUUCAUUUAGAGUUUGUAGAUUUAGUUACGGACUUGACGAUUUAUUAUUUAUAUCAGAACAUCAAGGGAGAGUCCAUGUUGUGGACACAAGGAAUUUUGAUAAUCACCAAGUUAUUAUGAUUCCAGAUACAGUGCAAGCAGUAGAUAGUUCUAUGAAACAAAAUAGGAUUCAUGAAGCAGAUGUAAGUCCAGUUUUUUUCAAUAAUAGUCCACAUAACGGUAUUGAUAAUAAUAAUGAUAGACGAGACUCAAAUUAUCCACUUUUACCCACAGGUUCAAACUCAUUGUCUCCAUCUAUUACAAAUUCUACGUCCUCUUUAUUUGGUAAUAAUAGUAAUAAUAGAGUUUCAUCAAAUAGAAAUAAUAUACAUAUUUCAAAUUCCAAAAGGCGCUUUUCUGCCCCAUCAUCUACAAAAAUAAUCGAUCCACGAAUCACCCAGGCUUUAACCAUUCCAAUCAAAUACCUGGAACCAGAAAUUUUACCAUUCCCUAGAGUCCUUGAUAAGACACCAAUAUCUAAUCAUUAUAGUACUUAUCAAUAUGGUGGAAGGAAUGCACAAACCUAUUCCCAUCAUUUACACUACCCAUCGAAUACAAAUGUGGAUUCAUCAUCACAUUCCCUUGAGUUAUCUGAUUCUAUUAUAAGAGGGGAUAAUACUUUAAAUAGCUCAUCUAGUAUCAACAACAAUAACAAUGGCAACGACAACAAUAGGAACGCUUUUAGGAUUAGGAGAUUUUCUACCACUUCAACUAAUACAGAUGACCAAGAUUAUCCAUUUUAUGAAGAUGACGAUUUCGCCAUUGAUCCCGAUAUUUCGAUACCGGCUAACGCGGAAGAUAACAACCAAAGAUCAGGAAAUUCGUUAUUUGAUGAUCUUUUAACCAACGAAUCAAGAUAUCUAGCAAGACAUUCAAGAAAUAGAAGCAAUGAUUACAUGAACAAUAAUGAUGAUACAUUUUAUUCUGGUCCAUAUGAUACUGUAACUAAUACAUUGUACCAUUCUCCAACAUUCAAUGAACGUACCGUAUUGGAUUUUCCUGAUAAUGAAUUUGGUGAAGAAAAUAACAUUUCUGGUAUUGACUGGAUACAAGAUCGUAGCGGAUCUUCAUUAAUUAUUGGUACUGAUUAUGGCAUCAUUAAGUGGAACAUCAAUUCUUGGGCAAGAAGAAGUUUUUCAAGCUAUGAUUUUUGUUAA